GGUGAGAUUCGAAAGGACGAGCUGGCGGUUACGGAACCGCCAGCCGGGAUGACGGUGGGGUCACGUGAUGGGCUCAUGACGUCGAGGGCUGGCCAUUAUUGUCCCCAGAUGACGUUCCAGCAAGCAAUCUGUUUGACCGGAAUAGAAGCACAUGAGAGUGCAUCUCAAGGUGGGUCAGAUGGGGAUGCUGGUCGUGUGCUUGAUUUCUGAGGAUUUGACUCUUUCCUACAGUCAGUGUACUUUCUCUUGGACGGAGUUCUGGAGGGAUUUCUUCCAGACAGUUCGAUCGAUACGCUCGGUAUCAGUGAUGUAUAGUAUGUUACGGGGGGUCUCGUCCGGGCCCCGGCGGCAGGGCUUUUUUCUUGUGCAGCUUUUUUUUUUUCUUUUUGUUUUGGGCUCCACUGGGGCUGGAAUUAUCCCUCACAUUAAAUAGUGAGUUAUUGAUUAAUAUUAGUUAUCGACUAACUAAUACUCUGAUAUGGCUCUACAUAGUGCACAUACUAUCUAUCAUCCAGCAUAUAUAAAGGGAGUAAGUAAACUAUGAUGUUAAAUGAUAGUAGUAAACACUCCAACCACCAAAAAGUAUCUAUGUCGAUAAGAGUUCCUCCCGACCAGGACAAAAUUCAGGAC